AUGGCCCACACGGUUCGCAUCAAGGAUCACAUCCUCAGCGAGGAUCCGACCAUUGGGCAGACCCAGUCGCGACAGUAUCGCCUCAAGAUUGUCGACACCGGCGAUGUGAUCAAGGCCGGCAGCGAGCGCCUGUCGCAGUGCCUGUCUCCAAAGCUCCUCAACCAGCAGUCGGAGAUCACCGUAUGCUUCCUCAAGCGCGUUUCCACCAUGGACGCCCUGCGAGCCUCCACGAUGCGGGAGCGGCCCCGGGUGAUGACGAGCGCAGCGGAGACGGUGCCCCCGCCCAAGGAGCGCAAGGGGAUAUUCAAGAAGAGGCAUCCCACGCUGAUGGGCGGGAGCACGGCUUCGCCGACCUCGCCGACUUCUUCGCUGCAUCAGUCCUCCGUCCAGCUCGGCAGCCACAACAACAACACCUCCACCACCAAUAACAUCAACAACACUACCACCGGCAGCGGAAGCGGUCAGACGAGGAGUGAAGACCGCAGGGAUACGCUGGUCAAGAGCACCUCAGCGCUGGUCAUGGGCUCGGCCGCCGGCUCUCCUCGACAGCCCCUCCGCGCUCGGCCCACCGAGCACUCCUGGGGCUCGGCCAAACGGAGAUCGAACGGGUGCUCGAACAUCAUGCUGGGCGCGCAGAAGUGGCAGGCCGCGGCGCCGGCGGUGCCGGCAGAGAAUAAGGGACACUCGUUCCUGCGGGAAAGCUCGGCGGGCCGCAUGGCUGCACCAACUGUUGCCGCCAGCUCUGGGACGAGCGGCGGCGAGGGAGCUCAGCGUGUUGGUGCGCCCAGGGAGCUGGUGGUGGAGGAGGACAAGACCGGGAGUGGCAGCGAGCCGCUCGACAGCGAAGACGACGCGUCGGUCAGGUCGCAGUGCCUGAGCGAGAGCAAGGAGAGCGACGAGGAGGCCACCAGCAGCGCGGCGGCUGAGUCGGAGAUUAUUGAUUUCAGCGAACGGGAGAGCGGCACAGAAACCACCGACAGAAGCGAGGCAGGCAGCGACAGCGAUGUCGAGGAUCUGUUCAACUACGACUACGAGAACGAGGACAUGGCUGAGUCCGCCGAGGAGGAGGCCCAGCUCGAUGAGGCCGAGGCUGAGGCCGACGGCGCCUUCGAAAGCGAUGAGUCGGGCGACGGCGGCGCCUCGCCCGAUCUCAGCAGGCGGCGGUCCCUGGGAUCCGCAAGGCUGAGCAAGCCCCCGACGGCGCGGUCGCCCAGCGUGGGGCGGAUAGCGCGGCGGUCCAACAGCAUCGUGGGGCGCGGGGAGGCUGGGGCCGACCGCGAGAAGCUGCUGCAGACAUCGGCGACCUCUCUGUCGGCCUCGCACGCCGCCGCCAAGACCGCGACCGACCGGCCGGUCAUGCGCCGCCGACAGACCACCCACACGCAGUUCAAGAUCAAGCACGCAGCCACGCUGCGCGAGUUCCAGUCGAAGCCCAAGACCGUGCCCCUGCGGCUGCGCUACGACGGACAGGAAGUGCUGUUGCACUUCUCGGCCACGGACACCGUCGAAGCGUUCAUCGGACUCGCUGUAAAUACGAUCAAGGGUGCGGUGAUGUCGGCGACUGCGCUGGAGUUGGUGAUGGAGAACGAGCAGGUCCUGAAUCCCACCGAUAUGUUGGCCAGGCACCCCUACAUCGCCGAAGCGGUGGAGAACAAGGGACUGAGCGAGGGAGUGCGACGGACAGGCUCAAUCGCCGACCUCCUCUUCGCGAGAAGGAAGGACCCUGGCACGGCGGAAAAGAAAUGGGACUACGAGUUGAGGGUCAUCAUGCCGGACGGGAGCACGCGCAUGGUGCAGUGCAUGUACAGGGACACGCCCAAGAACCUCAAGGAGGCCCUGCAGGACCCCGACAAGCCGCUGCUGCACCUCAAGAACGUCGGCUUCCGCCUACCCGACGGCAACAAGGACGGCAUCUGCCUGAGCGACGACCUCGCACUGGCCAAGCUGGCACAGAUCAGCCAGUGCCUGUUCAACAACGAGGUGCCCACGGUGCUGUUUGUCGAGCGCGAUCGCGAGGCCGUGAAGCAGGACGACAUGCGACGGCUGGAGAUCGGGAGCCUGGUGGGCAAGCCGCUGUGCUGGGCGCAGGAGCAGGACGAAGUCACCGUGUUCCGCGAGAGCGCGUGUCGCCAGCGCUACCUGGAGCGGCAGGAGCGGCUGCGCAGCAUCGAAGCCGGCGGCGUGCCCAUCCAACGCUCAGAAGUCGAGGGACCGGUGCAACUGCCGCCGAUCUUCAUCGCCCCGCCCCUGUUCGCGGACCCUGCUGGCGUCAAGAAGGGGUUUGCUGUGAAAGGUGAUAUGACGGCCACGGCGCUGCUGGAGGAGGCGCAUCGAAAGAUGAUCGCGCGCAAGCUGCCGGACACGUCGGCCCAGGACUUCAUAUUGCAGGUGGCGGGCACGAAGGACUACAUCGACGGCCCCUACCCCGUGCACUCCUUCAAGUACCUGCGCCAGUGCCUCACCACCAACGAACGGCCCAACAUGGUGAUGAUAGAGCGGAAGUGCGUGGCCAUGGAGAAGCCUCUGCCGGCCGAAGACCCCAUGGACGCCGAGGAGCUGGUGGACCCCACCUUCCGACACGACCACAAGCUGCUGAGCAUGGAGUCGAGGCCGUGGCACGAGCUCUCCUGCUUCUCCCUGUGGGACAUGAACAGGGCGUUCCGGGUGCGCAUCGUGGGCGUGGAGAAGAUCAACCCCAACACCACCUCCUUCCAGAAGGCAUCGGGCAAGACCGACAUCACCGAAGCCAAUUUGGGCCUGUUCGUCACCGUUGGCUGUUACCACGGCGGCGCGCUCAUCAGUCCGCUCGUCAGAACCAACGUGCAACAGUGCUCGCGCAACCCGCGGUGGUUCGAGUGGGUCAACUUCGAGAUCCCCACGUGCAACAUCCCGCACGCCGCCCGGCUGUGCUUCACUCUCUGGGCCGCGCGCACUUCUCCGUUUAAGGAGAUUCCGCUGGGUUGGGUCGCGUGUCAGCUGUUCGACUACAAGAACGAGCUGAAGACGGGCCUGAUGACCCUCAACCUGUGGCACAACGAGGAGGCCAACCCGAUCGGCACCUGCGGGUCCAACACGUCGGCGGAGAUGCCCCUCUUUGUCGAGUUCGACCAGUACGCCCUGCCGGUGGUUUUCCCCACCGAACCGCUCUUCACCGACCGCGUGCCUCCGUCCUACUUUGCCUCCGCCUCCGGCGGCGUGGCCUCGCCCUUCCGCAAGUCUUGCGAAGUCAGCCCGCGCAGCCCCCGAUGGUCAUCUCCAGCCAAAUCGUCGCCGAUGGCGAAGAAGCGGCUGGUCGACGACGCCGCGGUGCCGGAGUCGAUACCGGCCAAGAUCGACCGGAUACUGAGCCAGGACCCACUCUACCUGCUCAAGCCCGACGAAAAGAUGCUGCUGUGGGACCACCGGUACCACCUGCUCUCCAAGCCCAAGGCCCUGCCCAAGUUCCUGCUCUCCAUCACCUACCAGGACCGAUACCAAGUGCAAGAGAUGCACCACCUGCUCGCCAAGUGGCCGCACUUCCCCAACCCGGUGGACGCGCUCGAGCUGCUGGACGCCAAGUUCGCCGACGCUGCGGUGCGGCAGUACGCCGUCGAGUGCCUCGACGAGCUCUCCAACGAACAGCUCGGCGACUACCUGCUCCAGCUCGUUCAGGUGCUCAAGUACGAGCUCUACCACGACAGCGCCCUGUCGCGAUUCCUCCUGCGGCGCGCCCUGCGGAGCAAGGAGCUGGGCCACAUGCUCUACUGGUACCUCAAGUCGGAGGUGCACGUGCCCACGAUCGCCGAGCGCUACGAGCUCCUGCUCGAGGCCUACCUCCGCGGCUGCGGCUCGCACCGGGCCGAGCUCAAGAAGCAAGAGGACGUCCACAAAGAGAUGGCGCGCAUAGCGUACCGGAUCAAGGAAAUUAAGGAGGCGGAAAAGAAGAAGGAGACGCUGCAGGAGGAGCUGAAGCGGUUCGGCGAGCGGCUCGAGAAGACGCCCGCGCUGACGCCCUUCCAGCUGCCGCUCGACUACAAGCGGCAGGCCAAGGGGGUCCUCAUCCACAAGUGCAAGUACAUGGACUCCAAAAAGAAACCGCUGUGGCUGGUGUGGGAGAAUGCGGACGCGACGCAGCCGCCGAUCUACACGAUCUUCAAGGCCGGCGAUGACCUGCGGCAGGACAUGCUGACCCUCCAGAUGCUCAGGAUCAUGGACAAGUUGUGGAAGUCGGAGGGGCUGGACCUCAAGUUGUCGCCCUACGGCUGCGUGUCGACGGGGCACGAGCUGGGCAUGAUCGAAGUCGUCACCCAGUCCGAAACCACCGCCAACAUCUCCUCCGCGGCGGCGGGAGUGAAGGGAGCGUUUGCGGUGGACCCAAUAGCGAACUGGCUGGCGGCCAAGAACAAGAACGGCAAAUACCGGCGGGCCGUGGAGAACUUCAUCUCCUCGUGCGCCGGGUACUGCGUGGCCACCUACGUGCUGGGCAUCGGCGAUCGACACAACGACAACAUCAUGCUCAACGAGUCCGGGCUGCUCUUCCAUAUCGAUUUUGGGCACUUCUUGGGAAACUACAAGAAGAAGCUGGGGAUCAAGAGGGAAAAGGCGCCGUUCGUGCUCACGCCCGACUUUGCGUACGUGAUGGGCGGCCGCGACUCGAAGGACUUCAAGACCUUCUGCGACAAGUGCUGCAAGGGCUACAACAUCCUGCGAAAGCACUCCAACAUGUUCAUCAACCUUUUUUGUAUGAUGUUGUCGACCGGCAUUCCAGAGCUGACGUCGCCCAACGACAUCCAGUACCUGCGCACGGCCCUCUGCCUGUCGCUGACCGAUGAGGAGGCGGCCGAGGAGUUCCAGAAGCUCAUCUACGAGAGCCUCGACACCAAGACCACCCAGUGGAACAACCUGGCCCACAUGAUCGUACACCGGAAGAAGUGA